UUUGAAUACCUUGCAUGUCACCUGAGUUCAGUCCCGUCAGGCACAACUAGAAGGCCAGUUUGGACAUUGAUUUCCUUUUCUCGUCAUAUCAGUUAUUCAAACGCACAUCUCCUCUCCAAACUUUGACUAUUCGCUUCUGAUUUACAUCAUCUGGCCCUCCAGUCCAAUUGAUUUUCGUUAUUUACUUCUUCUACUCGCGUUAUUAUAUCAUUUUUUUUUUAUUUUUAAAUUUUUUAAAACACAAAGGCCAUCAGGGAUACAACAUCAGCGGAACGGGCUUAAUAUUUGUAUUCUCGAAAAAUUCGCAACUAGCAAAGAGUCAUACUAGGUUCCAUAUAAUAAUAUUAUUCGACAAUGCCUGAGGACGAUUCCAAUUGUGUUAUAUGUCGCGGUGGGAAAUCUACCAAGCGAAAUUUAAUUUUAUUUUGCGAUGGAGAAGAUUGUAAUUUACCAGUACAUCAAGACUGCUAUGGGAUAGAUGAAGUACCGGAUGGCAGCUGGUACUGUGAACGAUGUGAAGAUGGAGUUUUGCCCAGCGAAACGCGAAUUGUAUGCUGUCCCAAACUUACAGGCGCAUUAAAACGAACAACAGCACCAACACGGUAUAUGCAUGUUGUGUGUGCUGCGUGGAGCAAGAACAUUGAUUCGACGGAAGAUCCCUACAACUUCAAUAAUCAAGAGCUUGACAAACAGACUUGCUACAUUUGUGGUAGGAAGCAAGGGCUCUGUGUACAGUGUGAGCAUACGUUUUGCACAAAGUAGGUUACACUGUCACGACUUUUUUUUUUCCAUAACGAAGUGGGAAAAUAUUU